AUGGCGGAAAUAGUGAUUGGCCCUCGGGAAAGCGGCAUGUGUACUUCCAAAUCGAACAGUUGUGCCGGAGGGCGUGGGAGAGGCCCGCCCUUGGCCGCGGUCUCCUCGAUUCGUGCGCUCUCUCGCCGCCCCUUCCUUGGCUCCGAUCAGGGUGGAUAUCGGGCCUUUUUCUUCGAUUCAGCAUUCUGCUCGAGAGUCGUAGACACAAUGGUAGGUUCUUUAUACUUCUCGGUUAACAGUGUAGUUUACUUCGGGUUCGAGUUGUAACUUUUACGGUACAACUGGAGCUUUGUUUGAUACUGUUUAAGUAUGAAUUGAAGCUUUGUUUUCUCAUUUUGAGUUUUUGUAUUACUGUAGAAAAACAAUGUUUUGCAAGAAUGACUAUUUUUGGAUAUAAUUUUAAAAGAUUUUGAUUGAAAAUUAAGAUUUCUUGAAAACUUUUGGUUAAAAAUAUAAUAGAGAUCAUGGUGUAGUUACUUUUUAAAACUUUUCUUUAAAUUGUUUGCAUUUCAGGCCGAAGAUAUCGAAGAAAUUCUUUCCGAAAUCGAUGGAUCCCAAAUGGAGGGUAAGAUAUUUUGAUUGAUCUGAUAAAAUAUUUAUUAAUCUUUGAUAAAAUUGUGAAAAAAAGUACCUAAAUGAUAAUUUUUAAAGACUGAUUUUACUAAAUUGAGAAAAUAGCCAUUUCAUUGCCUAAAAAUUAAUUUUUUGUCAUUUUGAUAAACAAAACAGCAUAAUUUUGCUUUAUAUCAUCGUCUACAAGCAUCAUCCAUUUGCAGAGUACCAACGCUUCUUCGACAUGUUCGACCGCGGAAAACAAGGCUACAUCAUGGCCACUCAGAUCGGCCAGAUCAUGCACGGUAUGGAACAGGACUUCGACGAGAAGACCCUCCGUAAGCUGAUCCGCAAGUUCGACGCCGACGGCUCCGGCAAGCUGGAGUUCGACGAGUUCUGCGCCUUGGUCUACACCGUCGCCAACACCGUGGACAAGGAGACGUUGGAGAAGGAGCUGAGGGAAGCGUUCAGGCUGUUUGACAAGGAAGGCAACGGCUACAUCUCGCGGCCCACCUUGAAGGCCUUGUUGAAGGAGAUCGCCGACGACUUGACCGACGCCCAAUUGGAGAGCGCCGUCGACGAAAUCGACGAAGACGGUUCGGGAAAGAUCGAAUUCGAAGGUAAGGGGGUGUUAAGGAUUUGUUUAGUUAUUUUUCUGGUCAUUCAGUUGGCAGUGUCUUCUGGUUUUGGUGUUGUUGAUAAGGAAAGGUCUUGUUGUAGUAAAUCAGCACGUUGAAGGACUAAAAUUAUUGUUACCUUGUAACGUUUGCUUCAUUUAUUGAGCAUUUUUACAUAAAAUUAAAACUUUGCUUACUCUGCUCUUUAAAAAUCACUAAAGAUUACUUUUUUCCUUUGUCAACAUGACCUCUGACUUUUGUCUGUUUCAAACGUCUAAGAUGAUCUUGCACUCAAACACCAACUCCUUCAGGUCUGUAUGUAUAAUAUACGUCACAUAUCAAGGUCUAUAUCAAUAUUAUACGUCACACAUGAACCCAUCUCGGUCCAUGUAUAUAUCAAGCUCUCUUUUGAUAUUAUACGUCACAUAUCAAUAUGCUAUAGGGCACAUGUCAAUAUGUGCAUAUUAUACCUUACACCUGCACCUAUCUCAGUCUGUGUGUAUAACAUGACCUACAACAAUAUCUAUAUGAACCUGAUUUCAGAAUUCUGGGAGCUGAUGGCUGGCGAGUCCGACUAA